AUGAGGGCUGCUUUGCUUCUGCUGCUGUUAGUCACUCUCAUCACCAUCACAUCUGUAGCUGGAGGAAAAAUCAAGAAAGAGAAAAACAAACCCUCCCAGUCCAGGUCAGAAUGCAGUGACUGGCGCUAUGGAAACUGUGUCCCUAGCAGUGGAGAAUGUGGGGCAGGAUUUAGAGAGGGAUCAUGUGACCAGCAGACCAAGAAGAUGAAAUGUAAAGUACCAUGCAACUGGAAAAAAAACUCGGGAGCCUACUGCAAGUAUCGCUUUGAAAGUUGGGGAGAGUGUGAUCCAACCUCUGGCUUGCGGACCAGAACAGGGACAUUGAAAAGGGCUCUGUUUGGUGUUCAGUGUCGACCGACUAUUUUUGUCUCUAAACCCUGCCUCGGAAAAACCAAGACAAAAACCAAAGGAAAGAAGAAAAUAGUCAAAGGGAAAUACAAUACAGACUGA